GUGAAGGUAAGGAGGCGGGAAAUGGCGACCAGAGGUGUAGCGCACAGUGGGCUAAUCCUAUUCUGAGGACAACAAAACACGGGAGACCUGAGACGGCGACGGGGCCCGAAACAGCCGGCAAGACCCAAGAAUAAUCCAGCGCCUUCUUUACGUGGUUCCCCCAAGCGGUUUCCAUUUUACAUGUGACCAUUAACAAUAUGAGGCUGAGAAUGCGCAAGGCAUCUCAGCGGCCGAACCCAGCUCAUGCCCCCAGGCCAGCCCGAAGGAAGCGCAGGCAUCCGGAUGCAGAGGAGUGUGCAAAUGAAGAGAAAGCCCUUCUGUCCACCAUCAAAAAAUUCAUCCGCGGAGAUGCCAUGAAGGUGGAGGAAGAGGUCCCAGCACAGAAGGGACGGCUGAAUUGUGAGCUCAUUACCUCCACCCCUCAGAGCACCAUCCGUCCCAGAAAGGGCAUUGGCCGGCUCCGCAGAAAAUGCUCCUUCAAUGGCGAAGCCAGGAACCAUGAAACGAGUAAGGCAGCCAAGCCUAACGGGAAGCUCGAUGAGUCCGUGGAAGCUGUGAGCAGUCCGCCCCGCACCACCCUGCUGGGCACCAUCUUCUCUCCAGUCUUCAAUUUCUUCUCACCAGCAAACAAAAAUGCCGUGUCCGGUUCAGACUCCCCGGCCCAGGCCAUAGAAGCGGGGGACAUCGUAAAACAGCUGGACAUGGUGCAGGUGGAGGAGACGGGCAGUGCCGCGUUCACCCAGGGCCAGUGUGUGCAGCUCUGCCCCAGCACGUUACCCCCUACUGCUGUGAGACUCCCACCCCCCAACCACACUCAACCAGAGGAGGAAGAGGAAGAUGAUGGAAUAUCACAUGCUGAUCUGCCACCCCUCACAGCACCUGGUUCUCCUCCACCCUGUGGAUAUGUCAGUGCCCCUACUGAAGCCUCAUGUGAAGAGGAUUGGGAGGUGUUUGAUCCGUAUUUCUUCAUCAAGCACGUCCCUCCUCUAACUGAGGAGCAGCUAACCCGCAAACCUGCGCUCCCAUUGAAGACACGCAGCACACCAGAGUUCUCUCUUGUCUUGGACCUGGAUGAAACUCUAGUCCAUUGUAGCUUGAAUGAGCUGGAAGAUGCGGCAUUGACGUUUCCUGUCCUUUUUCAAGAUGUCAUAUACCAGGUUUAUGUACGGUUGAGGCCAUUCUUCAGAGAAUUUCUCGAACGCAUGUCUCAGAUUUACGAGAUCAUUCUUUUUACUGCCUCGAAGAAAGUUUACGCAGAUAAGUUGCUGAACAUUCUAGAUCCGAAGAAACAGUUGGUCCGGCAUAGGUUAUUUCGCGAACAUUGUGUCUGUGUACAAGGGAACUACAUCAAGGACUUGAAUAUUCUUGGGAGAGACUUGUCAAAGACCAUCAUCAUUGACAACUCACCACAAGCCUUUGCCUAUCAGCUCUCCAAUGGGAUACCAAUUGAAAGCUGGUUCAUGGACAAGAACGACAGUGAACUUCUCAAGCUGGUCCCUUUUCUGGAAAAGCUGGUGGAAUUGAAUGAAGAUGUGCGACCGCAUGUCCGUGAUCGGUUUCGCCUGCACGACCUGCUUCCUCCGGAUUGAACAUGAAUACAUGCAGCUGGACACACAGUAAUAAUUAAAAGAAAAAACAAACCAACCCUCUGGGUUUUAACAAUCAUUGUUGCCAUUACUGUUACUUCCCCCUCAGCUAUUCCAUCCCUUCAGUCAUAAAAAAAGUCAGAAGAGAUUUUUGAAGGAGCCUUUAAUAAUUUCAUUUUUCAACUCGUAUGAAUAAAUGUACAAAUGUAAAUGUUUUACUUGUCAAAGACCAAGACCCCAUGUCCCUCCAAGACCUCUUCCAUGGCACAUCAUUCUCUCUCUCUGUGUGUGUGUGUGUGUGUGUGUGUGUGUGUGUGUGUGUGUGUGUGUGCGUGUGCGUGUGCGCGCGCUAGUGGAGGAGCUGGAAUGCUUUUGUGUUUUUAGUAAUUUUAACCCAUAAACAAGUGAAUGUGCAAAACCUAAACCAGAAGAGGAAGGCCCCACUCAUUUCUUUGGUGCUCCAGUACAACACUCUUUUUACACUCUUUGGCUGUAAGACCAAUUUCAGUAGAAAUGGCCAGUAGAAAAAGAAUGUCAAAUUGUGGGUGGUGAUAGUGCUUUCUUACGUUUUAUGCAUUUGUAUGUUUUUGUUUGCCUGUUUUGUCAUCACAGGUCUAAUAUCAUUAUUCAUUCCUUGAUGUUGGCAUUGCAUUUCUGGCAUUAGUUUAAUUAGUGUUUUUUGGCAGAAGUGUUCCUUUACUGCAGUGUGGCUUGUCUUUGUCUGCCAAAAUAAUGUAUUACAUUCUCAAAGAGACUGGUGUGAGUUUUGGGGGUAUUUUGUUGGAUUAUAUCUUGUGAUGAGAGAGAUUUGUUUGUUUUUCAAUGCUUUUAAUUCUCACACCUAAAUUUAGCCUGCUGUGAGAGGCUUUGAAAUGGUCACAAGUUUGGCUGUCCAGCCUUGUCCAUUUUACUGAUGUGUACAUCUGCACUUUUAAAAUAUCAUCUCAAGCUAAAAGUUAGGUUAGAAUAUCAAAGAUCUCCAAGUUAUCACUUCCUGUUGGCCUUUUAUAUUUUGUAUUCUAGUUUGUCUGUCAAAUAAGUUUUCAUAUUAUGCCUUUUUUUAAUAGACGUAUAUAUUUUUUUAAACCAGUGUUCAUUGCCCAUUGUGUUGGGUGUAUUUUUGUGUGUGUGUGUAUUGAACAGCAAGCAAGUAUUUUAAUGUAAAAAUAGGAGCCAAUGUAGCAUGGUUCAUUGUGUGCAAAUCUUUUCACCCAAACUGCAAAGUGUAAGAAGGGUUGGAGUCCAUGGCAACCUGGUUUCUAGCACCAGCAUAUGAACAGCAAAUCUCAUCUCUGUGGUUGAAAUUUCACUUACUAGUAGUUUCCUACCUUUUUCUUGGAACCUUUUUUUUUUUUUUUUUUUUUAAACACACAGUAAAACCUGUAAAACUUCAGGUUCAAAAAGUAAAUUAAAAAAAAAGUCCUUCCAAGAUUUUGUAUCAUGUUAGCCUCCCAUAAUUCCACCUGUAGACUCAAGAUAAUUAGCAAAGCCAGGUGAUUUGGAUAUAAUUGUGGGGAGAAUAUUCUUACUCUCUACCUGAAUAUCUACCUUUGGUUAGUAUAUUCUACAUGAGGAGUAAUCAGUAUGAAUGUGUCUAAUGCAGUGAGUUAGAAAAGAGUUUCUUGCAUAUUAAUGGUGUGUUUCUUCUCCACCAAGGUGUAUUUUGGAUGAUACACCAUAAUACAUGUGUAACAAAGUAUAGUAAGAAAGAAGUUGCUUUUGUGCACCAUGUUGGUUGUGAAAUGUGUAUUUUCUCAUGCCUUUUCUGGUUCAUCAUUUUAAGGACAUUGAAAAAAAGGUAAAGAGGUUCUGUAGUCAAUUGUGUUGCCAUUUCUCCUGUCGAGACCCUAUAGGUCGCACUCAGUUUGAGGGUUUUGUUUGUUCUGUUGAUGUAAAAUUUGCUUAUGCUAUGAAAAGAGCAAGAACCACCUAGAAAAACAGCUACAGCUGUAAAGUAUGCUAAUCUGCUCUGCUGUGAACUAUUAAGGCCUUCUGAGUGUCUAUAUACAAAUGCUUUUGUAAUCUUAUUUGGAAACCCCCUGAUAUGUAAUGGGGGUUUCUAUGUUUUUUGUUUUGGGUUUUUUUGGGGGUGUCAUUUUGUUGUUGUAACAAUUGCAAAGCAAUGGGGGGACAGGGCGGGGAAGAAAACCCAAUGUUGAAGACAGGAAAAGUGAUCCCAAGGAUCCUGCUCUUUUGACAAAAGCUUGUACUAUUCUUUCUAAUUGAAAGUGUUUGCAGGCAGUUAUCUUUUAAAGCAAAUGAGUAAAUUGGUAAUGGUUACGUAUAGUAUUGAAAUGGUUAUAUGUAUAUUGUAUUAUUACAUUGCACAUGAAGUAGCAGUUACUAUGAUUUUCCCUGCAGUCAUGUUGACAAUUUUGACUUAUGCAAAGUUUUAACAGUGUCCUGAGCUCCAAAAGGUGGCUCCAAAUAUUUGAGAGGGGGGUGUUGCUACAUACCACACCAAGCACUUCCUCAUGAACAAAGAGACUUAUUUUCUAUGAUUGUCAAAGAGCUGUAGCAUUUUAUGCACAAAGGGUGGUUUAGAUGUUUCAGAUGUGUGAGUAAGUUCAAAUGUACAUUACCAUUUUUAUUCUACAAUGGGUAUUGUACCAAAAAUACAUGGAAUACAUUCUUCAUGGAAGAUCCUUAAAGUAAGGAAACUUUUUGUAUUUUUUGAUUUCAGAAGGCAUGUCAUCUACUUUUUAAAUGUAUUAAUGAAGAUUUAACUUUACAUCAAAUGGAGUGUUUUUUUUUUCUUACUAUAUUAUGUAUGUACGUUUAGUUAGCUCAAAAUGUCACUGGUAGAAAAAUAAUUCAUAGCAUGUAAAAAUUAAGCCUGUUUGUGGGAAAGUCCUUAAUUAAAAUUUACUCAUGGAACUUUUUCUGCAAAGAUGAA